AUGGCCACCUCCAUCCGCUCCGUCCGCUCCCUGGCCCCUCUCCUGGACCGCGUGCUCGUCCAGCGCAUCAAGGCCGAGACUAAGACCGCCGGCGGCAUCCUCCUCCCCGAGUCCGCCGUCGAGAAGCUCAACGAGGCCAAGGUCCUCGCCGUCGGCCCCGGCGCCCUCGACAAGAAGGGCAACAGGCUGCCCAUGGGUGUCCGGGAGGGCGACCGUGUUCUGAUCCCCCAGUUUGGCGGCUCCCCCGUCAAGGCUGGCGAGGAGGAGUACCAGCUCUUCCGUGAUAGCGAGAUUCUCGCCAAGAUCAACGAGUAA